CAUUAUUGUUUAGCUAAUCUUGUCAAUUGAUUAAAAUGUAAAAAAAUAAAAAUACAUGUUUAACAAUCGUUUUUUUUUUUUUGGAACUUAUUAUUAGUUUUUGGAAAAUUUUAUCAAAAAAAACCAAUUUGGUUUUGAUUUCGUAAAUACCGUGAUUUUUAGUAUUUAAACCACUCAAGUGGUAACAAGAAAUCAGUCACAAUUUGUCCGGUGUCAUCAGCUGAAUACGAAUUAAAAUCAUAAUAAAAAAAAUUAAACGGAGUAAAGUUUUGAAAUGAAAGGUCUACAAAUAUCAACAGGAUGUCUCCUGCUUAUGGCUGCCGUUUUCGGUAAAGCUUCAGCUAUCUAUAGCAUGAGUGAGACUUGUGAAUAUAGACCCGAUGGUUUUAUUGCCGAUCCAAAUUCUUGUGAAAGCUAUGGUUAUUGUAAAAAUAACCAGUUAGUGGGUACUGGUAAAUGUCCCGCUGGCUAUCUGUAUAAUCCUAGACUGGGUAUUUGCGAUAGUCCCGCUAAUGUCAAAUGCGUUACUGAUAGUAAGGAUGCUUGCUUGUAUGCGCCUGAUAACACCUUUGUAGCUGAUCCAACCAAUUGCAAUGGUUAUUGCUAUUGUAGUAAUAAAAAUGCCUCUUGUACAACUUGUCCCGGUUCCCAGCUCUUUGAUAGUGAAAAGAUAAAAUGUGUAUAUGCUUCAGAAAAGCCUAAGUGUACUGCUGAUUCGAUUUGCCGUUUGGUACCCAAUGGGGUAUUUGUUGGUAAACCUGACAACUGUGGAGAAUACAUUGGUUGCCUCGAUGGCUUAGGUACUGAUGGUAAAUGUACAAAUAGUUACUUUAAUAAACAACUUGGUGGGUGUCAAACAACCAAUCCUUGCAUAGCUCCUAGUCCAGUUGACAUUGGCCCGGGUGUUCUAGAGGAUUUAGAACCUAACCCUUCAAAGUGUUUUAAUCCUAAUGUAAUAGGUAAAGCAACUGUUGAUAAGCCAGUUGUUUCUGAUGAGAAAACUUGUAUGGGUUAUUACAAAUGUACAUCUAGAGAUGGACCCGGCACUUGGGGCAAAUGUCCAAAGGGUUUACAUUUUAAUAAUGGAGAAUGUGUUACCCCCUAUACAUUCCCCUGUAUCCAUGACCGUUGUGGUAAUUUGAAUAGGACAUUUGUUGGCGCUAUUGAUACAGAUUGUAAAAAUUACUUGAUUUGUAAAAAUGAAACCUCACAAGAGACUUAUGAUUAUAAAAAUUAUGUUGGCGAAAAAUGCUCUGAUGGAAAAUUCUUUAACGAAUUUACUGGAGAAUGUGUGACCACAUCACCCAAAUCCAACACUUAUAAACUUUGUGUAUGAGUCCUGCGCAAUUAAUCCAACAUCUAAAUAUUUAAUUUAUAAAACAAAUAUAUAUGAAAAAAAUAAUAAAAAUCUAUCAAUAACUUCACA